UCUACAGAUAUAAAUUACAUGUUGGAAACUUUACAAGUUUAUUCAGGGCAACACCAAAGACAAGGCAACGCUGCUGGGUGGAGUAGUGGACUAGGAAUUACAGCACCUCUCUAGUGGAAACGACUUCGAGUUGCAUUCCAUCAAGUCCCCAACCUGCAAGUGGGGGCUAGUCAUCACCCAAUGCCGAGGAGAUGUCUACUGCCAAGCGAUCCUGAUCAGCGAAAUGGAUAGCCACACCAUUCAUCGGAUCAUCAAAGCUCUCUUCGGCGAUGACACCAGAAAUGAAAGCGCUUCAUCCCUCAAUUUGCUGCGACUCCACUCAUCAGCUCACCUUAGCCAACCUUUACCUAGUACAGCUCCCAGUCCGACAUUUAGUUACUCCAUUCCGCCAUUCUUCGGAAACACUCGGCACCCGACGCAACAGGGUGCUCCUGCAUACUCAUUCGGAUCGAGAUACAGCUAUAAUGCCAUCGACAACCCUGGUCCUGGUGCAUACAGGACGCACGAGUGCACUCCUCGUGGCAGGUACACAAUCGUGGGAGGGAGAUUCGGCGGGAGACCCAGAUCACGUUCACCGUUUGGUGAUCACAGGAACAAUUUCGGUCCUGGACCCAAUGUCUACAGGUCGGACAUUGUGUCGCCGAGAGCAAAGCGGGCCCCCAGCUACAGCUUUGGUUUGAGGCACGAGCUACCUGACAAGUCAAUCACACCAGGAUCCAACUUCUACAACCUUCCAACCACCCUGGGGCAAAAAGCCGCCCCUCCCUACAAGACGGGUCCAGCAGCUGGCAUAAAAGGUCGAUUAGAUCACGGAAGUUCGUCAUACGAUUGGGCUAAAACUCCCGGUCCUGCGCAGUACGGAGUUUCAGAUAAGUCCAUAGGCAACACUACCUCGUCAAGGAUCACACUCAAAGGAAGGACUCCGCUUCCAACGUUCAAGAUGAUAACUCCCGGACCAGGCGCGUACGACUUGAAAAAUAACUUCUCCGACAAGAAGCGGAGUCCUGGGUACUCGAUUGGCGGCUACCACUCGGACAAAGCUAUUCCAGUAUUUACGUUAGCAGACGUGUCAUUUUAAGAAAUACAGUAGAAUCUCGUUGGGCCGAACACGGAAGGGUCGAAUACACCGCAACGCUCGAAUCAAAAACAAAGUCCCGAGUUACACUUACACGAUGAUGACCGAAUAGUUAGGUCGAACUACCCGAUGGGCCGAACUUUUUCUAGAGCACCGACGGGGUACGAGCUAACGGGAUUCAACUGCAGUUUUAAAAAAAAAAUCAUCACAGGGGUACUAAAUAGUAGAUCAGGGUAGGUGCCAGGCCCUGAAACUUCCGAUGUAGGAAAUUAAGCAUAUAUACAGUAGACCUAUGACUGUCUGUGAUUCAGUAUUCACACACAGAUGCCAGGGUUUACUGGAAUUAAACAUUCAGUUUUUCAGUAACUAUAAUUCACAGUGGUUCAUUCCAUGGUUUAAGAACAUUCUCAAACAACGAUAAUUGUUUUUAAUAGCGGGAUCGCAUGGCAGAUUAGUGCAGAAAAAUAUUACCUGAAAAAAAACCCCACAUUUAAUUCCCUAAAAGUACUUUUAUUCAGCCUGCUAUAGUCGUCAUAUUCCAUUGUUUAUAUAUACACAUAUAUACUCUUCAAAAAAAGUAGCGUAACCUGAAAUAUUAAUGUUAAUAUCAACUAUUAGACCGAAGAUACGUUUUGACCACAG